UCACCUCUCUCCCCGUCACCUCAAAAACCAAACGCCAAAAUGCGAAACGUCUUCUUCUCCAAACCCAAAUUCAACUCAACAAUGGCUUCCGAUUCGAUCUACACCUGCACGGAGUGCGGGGCAAACCUGAACCUGAGCGCCUCCUAUCUCUACCCACCGGACUUCUUCUUCGAGGCCGGCAACAAGGGAACGCUGUCGUUUUCGUGGGUCGACGGCACCAAGUUCAGGUUCGAGAAGGAGGACAAGAUCAGGCCCUUUUUCGAAACCAGAAACUACUGGGGCAUCCAGAGGACCAGGACCAAGAUCAAGUGCAACGGCUGCGGGCGGCUUGUCGGGCAUAUCUACGAUGAUGGCACCCCCAUGACUGACAGUCCAGGUCAGCUCCACAUGGGGCCCAGCCAGGUCAUUCCCAGAGCUGCUAGAUAUAGAUUCAAGACCAAGGCCCUUCGUGUUUCAUCGUCUGGGACUUAGUUGGAAUUCUGAGAAUUGUUUCUGUAAUGUUUGAAGUUGUUUUUCUUUAACAUACUGUGAAGGGUCUUUUGUGUUUUUGAUUCUGUUGAUUCUAUAUACUUUGUCUUGUGGUUGAAGAAGAUCGUCUUAAAUUUGUAAUUAAUCUGAAGUCUGAAAAUUUUGAUAUAA